GUGUUGCAAUUUAUAUUAUAUUUAUAUUAUAUUAUAUUAUAAUAUUUAAUGUCAAUAUUAUAAUCAAUAUUGUUAUUAGCAAUUUAUAGCAUUUAAUUUUGAAAAUCUAAAUUUUUUUAAAUACACAAGAGAUCAUCGCGAAAAUUCUGUUUGUUAAAAAUAAAAAACGAUGUUUAAUGAAUGGAAGUGAAAAAUCUAUCUAUAUAGUGAUAGAAAGUCGAUUCAAGGAUAAUAAAAAUAUUUAAAAAAUUCUUCAGCUGAUAGUGACUAGAAAAACAACAUAAUUUGCUAGUAACUUUUUAAUACUACAGGUAUACCAGCAACUCCGCAUGCGCUUUAUUCCAAAAAAGAACCAUCAGCCAUAUUGGUGUGUUGUAUCGCUGUCCUCAGUAAUUUCAGAAGAUCAGUGAGUAAAUAGAUCAUCAUGACGGAUUCCAUGAAAUUUGGUCCAGAAUGGUUGCGCAAUCUAUCUGGAGACACUUGCAAUAAUAGUGGUGGUGGUGGAGGUACUACAAGUUUAACUACUCCACGUUAUCAAUUAGCUGAACAUAGAUAUGGGCGAGAAGAAAUGUUGAUUUUAUUUGAUCGUAAUUGUAAACCUCCUGAAUUAUUGACAAAUUUCUCAUCAUUAUAUGUUGAGAAAACUCAACUUCCUUUGGCUCUUAUACAAAUGACAGAAGAUGAAACGCGAAUGUGGAAUGGAGGAAUAACUAAUGGUGGUCGAGGAAGAGGUGGAAGUGUGGAUCGUGGAGGGCGAGGAAGAAAUGGAAGAGGUAGUUUAUAUUCCUCUCAUUAUUCCCGUGGUGUUGGUUUUGAUGAUUCAGGAGAUGGAUCUCGAAUCGACAGUCAAUCAUUUCAAGGAAGGAAUCGCCCAUUUGAUAGGUCUCAAAGUGAACGUAGUUGGUCAGAAAGAAAUGGGGCUUCAGAUCCAGGUGAAUGGAAUGGUUCUACUAGUCCUAGAAAGGAAUUAAGUCGUGGAGCUAGUGGUAGUUCUCUUAUGGAAAGUAAUUGGCGACGUCAUCGUGGUGGUACAGAAGACGAUGAUGGUUGGCGAAAAUGGGGAGGCAGAAGUAGUUGGCGUGAAAGUGGGAGCAUGGACAGAGAUAGAUUAGAGAGAAAUGAAGGAGAUAGCGAAGAAGGACGGAAUAGUGGUGGUAGAUGGGAACAUCGUGGAAGUCAUAGAGUCACACACGAUUCAAGCCAUCAUCCACCCCCUCGUACAACACGUACUUGGGAAUCAAAUCAUGAUAAUAAUCAUGACAAUCUUCCUGAAUGGGCUACUGAAAAUCCUAGUGAAAGUGGAGGAAGUUUUGAUGCUUCAGGUGCAUUCCAUGGUGGAAUGUAUUCAGAUGAUGACGAAGAUGGAGUGAUUAGUGCAGGUGGUACUCAAGAAUCAAGGACUCGACGUGUUUCUGAAGGAAGUGCUGCUAAUAUAAAAAAAUCUGGUAGUAAAUCUUUAUCCUAUAGCUCAACUCAAGGACAAAUAACGAGUCGUAAUACCAAUAGUAGCACUAGUACAAUAAACAAAGAACGACCGAAGUCCUUGCAUCCACUCGAUGAUAAAAAUGAUUGUGUCAAUAAAGAAAGGAGAAGUAGUUCUCCAGGGAAACUGCCUAUUACAAUAACAGAUAGUACUCCUACUAAAACUUCAGCAUCAUCUGAAACUCCACAGAAAAGAAAUACAGUAGUGGCAAGUACAGAGCAAAUAGAAACAGAAAAAAUAACAUCUAUGGAUUCAGAAACAAAUAAAUCUCCUAGUAAAGAAAAGAAAAAAGAAGAUGUAGAAACAGAAACAAAGAUGGAUUCUAUUUCUGUCACUGCAAAAAAACAAGUUCCAUUACAAAUAGAGUCUCAAAAAGUAGGUCAUAAUACGGAAACAAAUGAUGUGAGACAAAAGUCGGAAGACGAUUUGGAUAGAAUGAAAGAAGAAGCUGAUGCAUUAGUUGCUAAAUUGAUGGCGGAUGAAGAAAACCAUAGGGAAAAAACAGCCAGUAUACCGCCUUCUAUUGGUAACCAACCUUCUACAGUUCCAUCUACAAAUGGACAGGAGAAAUGGUUUUACCGUGAUCCACAGGGUGAAGUUCAGGGUCCGUUCUUAGCAAGUGAAAUGGCGGAAUGGUGUAAAGCUGGUUAUUUCACUGCUGGAUUAAUGGUAAGAAGAACUUGUGACGAGCGAUAUACCACAUUAGGAGAUUUAGUAAAAAUGUGUGGUAGAAUACCAUUUACACCUGGACCUCCUAUUCCUCCUUUAAAGUUAGCAGAUCAGGUAAUACCACCUGUUCCUAACACUGUACCAGCUGGUAUGAGUGCAUUAUCAAAAACUAGUAUAGAAGAUCCCCUUCUUCUGCUGCAGUAUCAACAUAUGCGUUUGUUACAAAAUCAACAAUUGCUUUUGAGACAAAUGCGAACGUCAGCUAUAGCGAAACUUUCUCAAUCUGAACAUUGGGCAAGUUUAAGUCCUAUGGAACAAAAUCAAUUGAUUUUUCAAUGCGUUAUUCAAGAUUCAGAGAUUCCAGAGGUACCAAUUUCUACAAAUCCAUUUGUACCUCAUCUUUCAUCUCAAGCUUCAAAUCCGGUUAUGCAACUUUUCACUCAAAUGCAACAGGCUAAAACGCAACCAGAAACUCAUUUAACAUCAAAUCCACAUUCAACUACAGCAACACAUCCACCUACAGUUGAUCCUAUACAACAACUUAUACAACAAAUGGGUGGUAUGCAAAAUAUACAGGGAAUUCAACAGUCAAGUACACCAACUGCGACACAAGAAGAUAAUCCCAUAAAAUCCUUAUUACGUCAACUGAAUGUUAACGCAAAUGGUCAUCCACAAACAUCUCAUAUUGAUACGGUUUGGCCACAACCUCCACCACAGAUAAAUCCACAAUUUAAUGCACAGAAUUGGUUAGCGCAAGUUGGACCGAUACCAGCUGUUCCUCCUGGUCAAUUACCUACAUCAUUAUGGGAUUUGCACACUAAAGAAAUAAAGACUGAACAACAAAUAUUGGAAGAACAGAAUCUUCGAUUACAAGAAGAUAGAAAGAAAGAAGAACUUCGAAAACAAGAGGAAUUACAACGUCAAGUUGAAGAAGAAAAUGCGAAAAGAAAAAAAGAAGAACAAGCUAAACAAGAAGAAGAAGAAGCAAAACGAAAAGAUGAAGAAAGAAAGAAAAAAGAAGAAGAAAAAAAACGAAAAGAAGAAGAGAAACGUAAACAAGAAGAAGAAAGGAAGAAAAAAGAAGAAAAGAAACGUAAAGAAGAAGAAAAAAAGCGAGAAGAAAAACGAAAACAGGAAGAAGAAAAUUUAAGAAAAAAACAAGAAGAGGAAAAAAGAAAAAAAGAAGAACUUAAAAGACAAGAAGAAAAACAGAAAAAAGAAGAAGAAAAAAGAAAAAAAUUGGAAGAGGAACAAAGAAAACAGGAAGAAGAAAGAAUGCGAAAAGAAGCAGAAGCACGUAAACAAGCUGAAGUUGAAGAACAAGCUCGGCGAGCAGAACAAAGGCGACGAGAAGCAGAUGCACUUCGUAGAUUACAAGAACGAAGUAAAGCACCAUGGGCGCAAGCACCUCGAGCACCUACUCCGGCAACUCCUGCUGCUUCACUUGCUGAAAUUCAGAGACUUGAACGAGAAAAAAAAGCGGAAGAACAGCGGUUUCAACAAAUAAUGCAGCAACAAUUAGCACAGCAGAAAGCCAUAGAAGCAGCGCAAGAAGCAUCGGUAACUGAUUCUUCUAAAAGAUUGCAAUUUAAAUGGGCAGAAAAAACUACGAGUUCUACCAAAUCUAUACCAGUAAAAAGUCUCGCUCAAAUUCAACAAGAAGAGCAGGAACGGAUCGCCAAGGUAAAGCAGCAAGAAAGGGAACGUCAAGAAAAGGCAGGACAAAAAGAAUCAACGAACGUACUGCAAAAUGCUGGAAUAUGGGGUACUGCAUCUCAAUGUUUGAAUUGGGCUAAUUCGAGUAGCUCUAAUAAUAGUCAACCUUGGUCGAACAAUAGUGGUAGUAGUGGUUUUUGGGAUGAUCCCACACCAAUCAAAUCUUCUACAACCGCGAAACAAUCUAUUAAACAAACUAGUACAGCAAAGGCUCCUACUGCCAAUCAGCAACAACAGCAAAGUAAUAAAGCAAAUAAAAAUAAAAAUAAACGGGAAGAAGAACUAGUAAAGAAAUUAUUUGAACAAAACACUGCCAAGACAGAUGAUUUUACGCAAUGGUGCAACAAAGCUCUGAGUGGUUUACAAGUCUCUGUAGACAUCCCUACAUUUGUUGGAUUUUUGCGAGAUAUUGAAUCUGCGUAUGAAGUAAAAGAAUAUGUUCGAGAUUAUCUUGGUGAUAAUAAACAAAGUUCAGAAUUUGCAAAGCAAUUUUUAGAAAAACGUAGUAAGUGGCGAUCGGCCCAACGACCUCAAGCACAAGCGGAUGAUUUAUGUAAACCAGCACCUGCUGUUAAUCCUAAUGCACCUACGGAAUUUCAGGAAGUAAAGGGAAAGUCAAAGAAGCCAAAGAAGGGAAAAAUGUACAAAGUUGAUAAUAGAAUUCUUGGCUUUAGUGUAACUGCAGCCCCUGAUCGUAUCAAUGUAGGUGAUCGCGAUUAUGGGGAAGGUGUUUGAAUUAAAUCUGACAACUCUAACUAUAUUACGGAAAUUGUGCAACGCUUGGCCCAACACAUGGUUUGUUAUUUAUUUAUUGUAAAUGCCAAAUAAGUUCUAAGGAACCCGUCGCGAGUACUUCGUUAAAAAUGUAUAAGAUUUUUCUAUAAUUAUGCGUGUAAGGAUUUUACCUUUCCUAUCCUUCAUUCGAUCAUUAAUGGGAACCUUAGAUACCGAUAUAGCGUGGCAUUAUUUCCUUUUCGAAUGUAACUGAAAGACACUCCGAAAAAAAAACUCUAUUGUAUAUACUACUCAAAAAAAGAUACUUCAUAAAGCAAAGCAAACUCAUCUUCUAUUUACGCGGUAUAUAUAUAAAUAUAAAUAAAUAGAUAUAUAUAUAUAUAUACACACAUACAUAUAUAUGUAUACUACUAUAUACAUAUAUAGUAUUAAUACAUUUUGUAAUAUUUCACUUUCAUCGUAAAUGAAGAAAUUAUGCCGAUCGAUAACUUGUACACGCGGAAACAUCGCAGUCGAAAGCAAUAUGUGCUCACGAUGGUGUUCAGCAAGCAAAAAUAAAUUAUAAAUGUAUGUUUGUGAUCAAAGAAACAUCGAUCAAGAACUGUGUUGAUGGGAUUCAUUGGUGUUUGCUUGUAUCGAAUGCACCAAGUAUGAUAUAUAAAUCCUAUGGAUUUCUUGCUUUAUCGCAACAUCACGAUAUCGAUACGAUUUUGCUUUGGAUUAUAUUUCAUUAUUAUGUUUUAAAAAAAUAAUUAUCUUACGUUUGAUACAUUAAAAAAUUUUUUUAACCAAUUUAUGACUAUUUUUAAAAGUAAACUAACGAUAUUUUGACUGAACGAUUGAAUGCAAGCAUUAAUUUGAAUAUUAAAUUACUAUUUUAGAAUAAAUUGCUCCUUACUCCGUUUAUAAAGCAAUCAUAAAAAAUAUUAAAAGAACUGUAUGUUUCAAGGCAGUGACAUUGUGAAAAAAAAGUUCUUGUACUUUCUUAACACUUUGAAUACAUUGGUAUAUUUAAAAAAAAAAUAGUAUUGCAUGUUAUACAAUGUAUAAAAAAAUAAACUAUCUUCCAUUUUCCUGUUUUGCACCAGAAAUAUGAAAGUAAGCUCGUGUAAUGUUAGGAAUGUAUUGUCGAUUUUGAAAAAUUACAACAUAGCACAUAAGAAAAUUUCAGAUUGAUUACUGCGUGUGCCUACGUGUGGAUCUCACUCUCGUCGGCAUAGCCUUCUUAUAUAUUGAGGUCAAUCUAAAUAUUUAACAAAGAAUUUUAUGUAAGAUUUAAUUAAUGCAAUAUCUAAAAUCAGUAUCUUUUGUAAAGUUUUAAUUAUAAGUAAACAUGUCAUGAAAUGUCCCAUCUUUAACAAGGAGUUAAAGGAGAAAACUUUUAGCAUCUGUUUGAAAAAUAUUAAUUUUUCUUUCUUGUUUUUUCUAAUUAAACUAAUAUAUUUGGACAAAGUGGCACGAAUACUCUGUUUUAUAAGUGCGGAAAAUGUUGUGACAGAUCUGACCGCUCUUAAUAUUAUAUGGUUGUUAAUUAAGGUUCAUUGAUCUUCUUCUAAUACAAAAAGUAUUCUUAGAAGAUCAUAGACCUUUACAUGAAAGAUUUAUGUAUAAAUAGAUAAAUGUACAGUAAUACAAGGAUAAUUAAAUAGACGAAAACAGAUCAUUGAUAUUGUAUUAAUAUUAUUAUUGUAUCUAACGUACAACAUAAUAAAAUAAAUAUUAUUAUAUUUUCAA